AUGGUCACAAGCGCAAAGCAGCCUCCCGUGGAAAGGCUGGCCUUGCUGGUGUCUCCCCGCGCAGGGGCGUACCCGGGCCCGCCCUCGGGCAAAAUCGCAGACCAGUGCGGCGCUCCGGGUGCUCCAGGCCUCGGCGCCCGGCUCAAAAGCAGGAAAAUGAAUCCGGCCUCGGCGCCCCCUCCGCUCCCGCCGCCCGGGCAGCAAGUGAUCCACGUCACGCAGGACCUUGACACGGACCUCGAAGCCCUUUUCAACUCCGUCAUGAACCCCAAGCCCAGCUCGUGGCGGAAGAAAAUCCUGCCCGAGUCGUUCUUUAAGGAGCCCGAUUCCGGCUCGCACUCACGCCAGUCGAGCACCGACUCGUCGGGCGGCCACCCGGGGCCUCGCCCCGCGCAGCAGCACGCGCACCUCCGGCAGCAGUCCUACGACGUGACCGACGAGCUGCCGCUGCCCCCGGGCUGGGAGAUGACCUUCACGGCCACUGGGCAGAGGUACUUCCUCAAGUUUGAAGCAGGUUUUCUGAAUGGCACCCUUCUGGUGCUGAACCACCAACACCAGCAGCAAAUGGCACCUAGUACCCUGAGCCAACAGAACCACCCGACCCAGAACCCACCAGCAGGGCUCAUGAGUAUGCCCAAUGCGUUGACCACUCAGCAGCAGCAGCAGCAGAAACUGCGGCUUCAGAGGAUCCAGAUGGAGAGAGAGAGGAUUCGAAUGCGCCAAGAGGAGCUCAUGAGGCAGGAAGCUGCCCUCUGCAGACAGCUCCCCAUGGAGGCCGAGACUCUGGCCACAGUUCAGGCUGCUGUCAACCCGCCCGCCAUGACACCGGACAUGAGAUCCAUCACUAACAAUAGCUCUGAUCCUUUCCUCAAUGGAGGGCCAUACCAUUCGAGGGAGCAGAGCACCGACAGCGGCCUGGGGCUGGGGUGCUACAGCGUCCCCACGACCCCAGAGGACUUCCUCAGCAACGUGGACGAGAUGGACACAGACAGCUACAAGUACCUGGAAUUUCCAUCCGACGUGACCCUUGGAGGAGAGGUGGGUGUGAACCUGCUGGUGACAGCAGGCACAGAGCACCUUCUGCCGGACUUUGCCUGA